AUGGCCACUUCACCAUCCGACGCUCCACCCAAAUCCACACGAACUCAGGCAGCCAACGAUGACACGAGCUCGAUCACGGAUGACGUGCGCGGAGCAGAAUACUACCAUGGACUCGUGCCCCGCACCGACGUCGAGCCAUUGCUCAAGAAGGACGGAGAUUUCCUGUUGCGCAAGACUGAGCACACUCCUGGCGUGAUCGUGCUGGCCAUCUCGGUUCGUGUCGGGACGGCGGUGCGCCACUUCAUGAUCAAUCAGGACCCGAGCGGCACCUUCUACUUGGAGGGCCAUCACGAAAAGUCCAUUUCGGAGCUCAUCAAUUGGCACAGGACGACAAAGACACCGCUGUCCGCCACCUCAAACGCCGUGCUGAAGCGACCGGUGGAGAGGACGGCCUGGCUGCUCAACCACGAUUCCAUCACUCUCGUCAAGAAGCUCGGCGAGGGCGCUUUUGGGGAGGUGUUCCUGGCGGAAUACGCGCUGGGCAAGGACAAGCAAGAGGUGGCCGUGAAGACGAUGCGCACCGAGGUGACGCGCGAGGCCCGGCUCAAAUUUAUGAAGGAGGCCAGGCUGAUGAGGAAGUACAGCCACAAACACGUCGUCAAGAUUCUGGGCGUGGCCGUGCACGAGCACCCGCUGAUGCUCGUGAUGGAGGUGUGCCCUGGGGGUUCGCUGCUGUCCUAUCUGCGGAAGAAUAAGGGCAAAAUGGAUGGCGCCAUCAGGAUUCGAUUUGCCACGGAGGCGGCCGACGGGCUGUGGUACUUGGAGAAGCAGUGUUGCAUUCAUCGCGAUAUUGCCGCUCGGAACUGUCUCCUCAGCAGCAAGUCGGAGGUGAAGAUCUCCGAUUUCGGCAUGUCAGACGACAAGAAGAUUGUACACGACGAUACUCUCGACAAAGUGCCCGUGAAGUGGUUGGCCCCCGAGACGCUGCAGGACAAGCUGUACUCGCUGAAGACGGAUGUGUGGAGCUACGGUGUGUUGGUGUGGGAGAUCUACGCCGACGGCUCGGAGCCCUACCCUGGGUUGUCCAACAUCCAGACCCGUGCCAAGAUCAUCGUCCAGAACUACCGGAUGGAGAUGCCGAAGGAUUGCCCGCCGAGCGUCGCCAAGCUCAUCUACCAGUGCUGGGAGAAGGAGUCGAAGGCCCGGCCGGAGAUGGGCAAGAUCUACCGCUCGCUCAAGGAGAUCAAGGAGCGAUCGACCCGCCAA